GACCGAGUCACUCCACUCCCAUCUUCAAUAAACAUCAUCCCACUUUUGCCUGAUAGCCAGCUCCCCCCCCCUCACUCAGGUUCAUCCAUCCGAUCGCCAGUCCGUUAGUUUCUCGGAAGAUACCACAAUGUCUAACCCUACUGAUGUCGCUACUCAGUUCGUUCAAUUUUACUAUGAAAAAUUUGAUUCGGACCGGAGCCAACUAGCACCACUCUACCGAGACCAAUCGAUGCUAACUUUCGAGGCGAACCCAUACGUUGGAACGACGAACAUCGUCAAAAAGCUCCAGGAAUUGUCGUUCACCAAGGUCUCUCAUCAAGUCCACACGCUCGAUGCCCAGCCCUCUAACUCCUCCAACCCAAGCAUCAUCGUCCUCGUCACCGGUGCUCUUCUAGUCGACGGUGAAGAGAACCCCCUCAAGUUCUCUCAAGCGUUCCAUCUCGUUCAGGAAAAUGGGACCUACUUUGUCCUCAAUGAUGUUUUCCGACUCGUAUUAGGUUAACCUUGACAAUAGUACUGACAGUGACAACUAUCAGCCCUGGUAUGAAAUUGUAUGACAGCCACUUGAUUAGGGAAUACAUCGAUGUAUCAAGGAUUGCUUUUGAAAACGAAACAAAUUAUCAGUUCCACUUAAUUUUGAGGCAACACUGGCGCAUUCCAAAGACCUUGUAUAAACUGAGGCUUGCGCUUCUGAUGAAUCCGCAAGUUAGUUCCACUUUACGG